AUGACGGACGACGCCGUGCCCAAGUCGUCCGUCAAGCGCCAGCCCAAGCACCGACGCAACCCAAAGGUCAACGUCACGCUGGAGAACCUCGCGGCCGAUCACUCGUUCAAGAAGGAGCGCGGCGAGAUCAUGGAGAAGCUCUCGUUUCCGUCGCCGACGCGCCAGCUCCUCGAGAAGCAAGUGGCGGGCGCGUUCAAGAAGCGCCAAAUCCCGACGUCCAACUUCCCAAGCUCGUACAACCGCGGCCACGUACCCGUCUGCGUCGAGCCGCGCACCGGCGGCAACCACCUCAAAUGGACCAAGCGCUUUGAAGAAAUCGACUACUCGGUCUUCUUGCCGCUCUUCAUUGAAGGCACACGCGAGAAGGAAGAGCCGUACCACUUCCUCGCCUCGACAGGGACGAUUGAGCUGCUCCAGCACGGCCGUAUGUUCCCCGAGAAGGUCCACGCGUGUCUUCACAAGCUCAUUGCGCCGAUCCGCGUCGCUUUGAACACGCGCGACAUGCCUUUGAUUUGCGAGACGCUCAAGAACAUCCAGCUGCUCCUGGAUGUCGAAGGGAUUGGACCGGCCCUCGUGCCCUACUACCGGCAACUGCUGCCCGGACUCAACACGUUCAAGAACAAGCGGCAUAACAUUGGUGACGCGAUCGACUUUAGCCAGCGACGAGACACAGAUGUUGGCGCGCUCAUCCAAGCGACCCUCGAGAAGAUGGAGCGCAUCGGUGGCCCCGAUGCGUAUGUGAAUAUCAAGUACAUGGUGCCGACGUACGAAGGCAUCAACAACUAA